UCCGAGCGGAAUCCGGGUGUAGCAGGGGAGCUGGGGGAUCACUGCUGCUGUCAUGGUUCGUCCGCUAAACUGCAUUGUCGCCGUGUCCCAGAACAUGGGCAUCGGCAAGAACGGGGACCUGCCCUGGCCCCCGCUCAGGAAUGAAUUCAAGUAUUUCCAAAGAAUGACGACAACCCCUUCAGUAGAAGGUAAACAGAAUCUGGUGAUUAUGGGUAGGAAGACCUGGUUCUCUAUUCCUGAAAAGAAUCGACCUUUAAAGGACAGAAUUAAUAUAGUUCUCAGUAGAGAACUCAAAGAACUUCCACAAGGAGCUCAUUUUCUUGCCAAAAGUCUGACCGAUGCCUUAAAACUUACUGAGCAGCCAGAAUUAGCAAGUAAAAUAGACAUGAUUUGGAUAGUAGGAGGCAGUUCUGUUUAUAAGGAAGCCAUGAUUCAACCAGGCCAUAUUAAACUGUUUGUGACAAGGAUCAUGCAGGAAUUUGAAAGUGACACAUUUUUCCCAGAAAUUGAUUUGGAGAAAUAUAAACUUCUUCCAGAAUACCCAGGUGUUCUUUCUGAGGUCCAGGAGGAGAAAGGCAUUAAGUACAAAUUUGAAGUAUAUGAAAAGACUGAUUAAUGUGAAGAUGUUUUCUGAUUUAUUUCAUGUUAUCCCUCCCUCUAAAAAAUUCUGUAUUUUUACAUUAGAAUAAAAAGACUUGUGUGGACUUUA